UGUCAGUCCGCUCCGCUCCACUUUGCUCGCGUCCUCCAGGCGGGGAGCUAUGUGACAGUGUGGCCGCGUCCCGGUCUCCCUCAGUCCGCUCAGGAUGGACCAGAGGAGCGCUGAACCGGACCCAGGCACCGGCAGCAGCCCGGUCACGCUUUACGGGGAAUUCACGGCCAUCGGUACCCGAAAAGUCCGGUGUGCCGUGAACCUGACCGAGAAGGAGCUCAUCGUCCAGAGGCUCCCGUUGGCACCUGUCGGGCGGAACAAGGUGGUGCUCAGCCUGAAGGACUGUGUCGGCUGCCGGGCUUACCGGGAGGAUGGCGGCGGGGAGCCGGCCGCCUACCUGUCAGCCUACUUCUACCCGCUGAAGCGGCGCUGGCUGAGCUCCGGGGUGUCGCGGCAGAGAGCGGAGCACCGCUUCCGUCUCACCGCGCUCCAGGACCCCGGCGCUAACCUGGAGGAGGCGGAGAAGUGGGCUCGCACCGUCCGGGAGCGCUCGGGACGGCAACAGUAUCUAAGAGACGGGCUGAUGUUGUGGGAGCUAUCUCAUCCAUGCCGAAUGAUGCUGCUCGUGAAUCCACAGAGCGGGAAAGGACAAGCGCUCACCCUGUACAACAACCACAUUCAACCGAUGCUCAACGAGGCCGGUGUCCCACACACUCUGGUCAUAACUGAGCGGCAGAAUCACGCCCGAGAGCUGGUGAGAGAGGCCGACCUGUCGCAGUGGAACGCUGUGGUCAUCAUGUCGGGAGACGGACUCCUGUACGAGGUGAUAAAUGGUUUGCUGGAGAGAGCAGACUGGGAGGAGGCCAUUCAGACGCCGCUGGGUUUCCUUCCUGGUGGAUCAGGCAACGCCUUGGCUGCGUCCAUACAUCACUACUCUGGAGCCUCUCCAGUCUUCGGUGAAGAGCUCCUGAUCAGCUGUGGUUUCCUGCUCUGUAAAGGCCUGCUGUCUCGUAUGGACCUGGUCUCCAUCCAGCUCUCCUCCGGCCCUCGUCUCUUCUCCUUCCUCUCUCUGGCCUGGGGCUUCGUAGCGGACGUGGACAUAGAGAGCGAAAAGUACCGUCACGUUGGAGCUGCCAGGUUCACUGUGGGCACGCUGGUGAGGCUGGCUUCUCUCCGCAUCUACAAAGGUAAGCUGGCUUACCUGCCAGCCUCCAAGGACUGCAACACAGAGGGAGGUUUGAGAAACAACAUGACGAAGCACUGCAACAAUCAGGCUCCCUCUCUGAGUCCAGCCUCUCUGCUGCUGCGCCGCCAGUCAAGAGACUCUCCCUGUCAGAACACCCUUCACAACUCCUGCCACUCCAACAACUCCCUCAAAGUGCGGCAGGCGGAGAGCACGCCCCCCAGAAGCGCCACCAAAGGUCUCCCCAGCCCACCAGACUCCCGGCUGCUGCCCCUGGACCAGCCGCUGCCCAGUGACUGGGUGGUGGUCCAGGAGGAAGACUUUGUCCUCAUGCUGGCCAUAUACCAGUCCCACCUGGCGGAGGACCUGAUGGCAGCACCGAACGCCACCUUGGACGACGGCGUCAUCCAUCUUACCUACGUCACAGCGGGAAUAUCCCGCAGCGCUCUGCUGAGGCUCUUCCUAGCCAUGGAGAAGGGCACACAUCUGACUUCUAACUGUCCACAUCUGGUGCACACCGAGGUGCAGGCGCUCAGGCUGGAGCCGUAUACACCCAAAGGAAUAAUAACAGUAGAUGGAGAAGUGGUGGAGUAUGGGCCGAUGCAAGCUGAAGUGCACAGAGGUCUGGCAAGAUUAAUCACUGGAUGAACUGAAGAAACAAACACCACCAGCUUUUAUCUUUGAUAUUAAAGGCUGAUGAUGUUUAAUAGAUCAUUUUUACCAUUUCAAAUCAGAAAUGGAAAAGGUGCAGGAGCAAAUGGAUGUUACACUCGUUCACUUUUAUUCGCUACGUUCUCUGUCAGUGGUACGCAGAAAACAGGUACAUCGUUUUUUAAAGAAAAUACUUUGAAGUUUGAUGGGAUAUUACAACAAACACGUGCUGUGUAUGGAGACGCAAAGUGUCCAAUAUUAGAUAAACAGUUGAAUAAAUGCAGAUAAAAAUAUAAUAUAUAUAUAUACACUACCGUUCAAAAGUUUGGGGUCACCCAGACAAUUUCGUGUUUU